AAGCACCAGGCGAAGUUGACUAUGCAUUUAGAAUAAGUAAAAUAUUGAGUAAUUUAAAAGAGUUAGUGUGUAUAACUGAGACCAAAAGGGACAAAGAAGAUAUAGAAAUUAAUCAAACCACUGUGCAACUUGAAAGUGCUUUUUAUUAA